AUGAAGCUCUCAUUCCGAGAUCUCAAGCAGCAGAAGUUCACCAUUGAAGCCGAACCGACAGACACGAUUGCCCAGGUUAAAGAGAAGGUUGCCGCUGAAAAAGGAUGGGAAGUGUCGCAGCAGAAGCUCAUCUAUUCUGGUAAGGUCCUCGCCGAUGCCAACACCGUCGAGUCCUACAAGAUCGAGGAGAAAGGCUUCAUUGUAUGCAUGGUCAGCAAGGCAACACCAGCAGCAAAGGCAGGCUCUCCGUCCACGCCUGCUCCCUCCGGAACGGCAUCCACGCCAGCACCGCCCGCCGCCCCUCAGCCUAAUCCACCGUCUGCUCCGGCCGCUCAACCCUCAACUCCAAGUCCUGCACAGACGACCGCAGCUGCCGCUGAUCCAGCAAGUUCAGGCUUCAAUGAUCCGUCGGCUUUUCUCGUUGGAAAUCGCAACGAGUCAACUGUGCGCGAGAUGGAAGCCAUGGGUUUUCAACGAGCUGAUAUUGACCGAGCCCUGCGCGCUGCCUAUUUCAACCCCGAUCGUGCAAUUGAGUACCUCUUGAGUGGUAUUCCAGAGAACAUUCAAGCUGAGCAGAGAGAGCGACAACAACAACAACAGCAGCAGCAGCAGCAGACCGCUCAAACUGGCGCUCAAGCCACCCCUGCUUCUCCUCCACCCGCUCAGGCUCAGGCCGCCCAACCUGCUGGCGACGAGCCUAUCAACCUGUUUGAGGCCGCAGCCCAAGCUGGACAACAAGGCCGAGGAGGAGGAGGAGGAGCCGCCAGGGGCGCUGGUCUCGGUGGUGCGGCAGGAGGCAAUGCCCAACAGAAUAUGGAUUUCCUGAGACAGAGUCCUCAUUUCCAGCAAUUGCGCCAACUUGUUCAGCAACAGCCUGCCAUGCUCGAGCCUAUCCUCCAGCAAGUCGCUGAAGGCAACCCACAACUUGCUCAGAUCAUUGGUCAAAAUCAAGAACAAUUCCUUCAACUGCUGGCCGAGGAUAUCGGAGGCGAUGCCAUUGGUGGAAUGGGCGAUGCUGGUCCGCUCCCACCCGGUGCAACUCCUAUUAGUGUUACGGAGGAGGAGCGUGAUGCCAUCGAACGACUCUGCCGACUUGGGUUCUCCCGCGACCAGGUAAUUCAGGCUUAUUUCGCAUGUGACAAGAACGAAGAGCUAGCCGCCAACUUUCUGUUCGAGCAACCAGAUGAGGAUGAGCAAUGA